UGACGAGCUCAUGAAAGAUCAGUCCAUUGCUGGUUUAGCAUCCGAAACGCUUUGCAUCAAACUGAUUGGCAAAGGCCAAGGGCAUCAGGACGUCUCGCAAACAAAGGUUACCUUGAAAGAAGUGGUCGAAACUGCGAAAUGCUUUGAAGCCUCUACCUAUGCCAACCAAUUGAUGAAGACCGCUAGAGGCAAUCAAGAACAGGUGAACUUCACAAGCAAGCCGAAAACUGGAAAAGAAGUUGUGCACUGGCAAUUGACACCUUGUUAUUGGUGCAAUGGCAGCCAUCAACAACCUUGCCAACAGCACUGCCCUGCGUACGGCAAGAGACGUAAUAAAUGCGGAAUCAUCGGCCAUUUGUCUUGCGCUUGCAAAAGCAGACCAAGUCAUCAGAAACCACAUCAACAGUCGAAUUUCGUCGAAAGUGAACCGAGCAAGGAGGCUUUUGCGAUUGAUGGCGAGAAGAUAGCGUGGUCUGACAAGAGGCCUGGAAGAAAAUUCUUCACCCAUCUUCACUUGAUACACGGUGACAAAACGAAAGUUGUGCGAGCUCAGAUUGAUACCGCAUCCACGUGCAAUACUAUGCCUGAAAGUUUGUUGCGAAAACUGUUUCCCAGCGCUAAGAUUUCAGAGACAAAGACCACAAUCAGCACAUAUGGAGAUCAGACUUUGCGGCCAAAGGGUCAGGUAACUCUGUGUUGCGAAAGGAAAGGGAAACUACACCUCUUAGAGUUCCUAGUAGUAGAAGUCCCACAAGGAAAACCACCACUUCUCAGUGGUCGAGAUGCACAGGCUCUGCACUAUUUAACGAUGUAUGCAGAUGAAACUCAUGCAGUUGACAGAGAGGGCACCAAUAGCAAGACAGCAAUGCCCUGUUCACCUCUCUAACCUGGAACGAUUACAAAGGAAGAUGUUCUAGAACAGUACGCCAGCGUGUUCAGACCAGGCCACGGAAAACCACUAGGCAGCCCCUUGCAUAUCAAAAUGGACCCUGAUGUCACCCCUGUCCACGCCCCAAGGCGUCAUGUUCCAGUGGCCAAACUUGACAGAGUCAAUGACGAACUAAAGAGGCUCUGUGACGACGGAAUCAUCAAGCCAGUAAUGGAACCUACAGAAUGGCUCUCCAAUAUUCUGGUCAAAGAGAAACCUAAUGGAAAGCUGAGGAUAUGCAUAGACCCAAGUCAGAUGAUCAACAAGGUGAUCAAAAGACCGAUCUACACCAUCCCAACAAUCGAAGAGAAGCUACCACUAUUGACAAAGGCGAAAGUAUUUACUACAGUGGACGUAUCGGAAGCCUUCCACACCAUCGUAUUGGAUGACGAUUCGUCACUGCUCACCAACUCAGGUUCAAGCGCAACUGCAAAGUGACUGUACAAAGAGACAUGUUGUAAGUUUCAGAACUGGUUUUAAUGACUGAUUAAAGCUCUCAACUGAUUGUAUGUGAUGUCUUUCAAAUCACACACAGCGCUGCCUGUGCCGCUUACAUUAUAAUUGUCAUAAAUUCUCGGCCAAUUAUUUCAUUUAGAUUUUAAAAUGUUCUAUUUGUUAAAUUCCCAGUUGGAUGAAGUACAGUUGGAACAUCUGCUGGACUUCAUUGGGACUUCACUCAGCUGGACUCAACUUUACUUGACAGCCACACAUCUCAAGUUUUCAUUUUACCUCCUGAGCUGACCGUUCUGGAAGCUGAAGCUGAACAUUGACAGGGAUGUUUAUACCACCUCCACCUAGCCAUCUUCCUGUUGGAUCAUCAACUGGAGGUCCUGUCACAGUUCUGGAAAAAGGAGCAAAUACAAUAAUAUAA